GAAUGCAAAUUUGGAAAAUAUUUACAAGAAAAGGUUACAAACAAACAAGAAAUAGAAAAGGCACAAGAGAUGGAAAACCAAGUUUAUCAAUCAUUAUCUCUGCCAAUACCACAAAAAUUCUCAUUCACAGCAUUGGAGCAAGGUUCAUACAUUGAACCAAUACUUCAACAUGUUGAAAGAGUGCUUUUUAAAUUUAUUACUAGACAUGAAAAAUACAUCCCUCUCAAAACCGUACAAGAAUUUGUUAUGAAAUAUAAUCCUCCGCGACAGAUUGAUUUUUCUGAUGCUGAUUUAUGUCUUUUAAAUUUCACAAUACAAAACAUUUCAUUGUUCACAAUUCACCAAUCCAAUCAAACACUAUUCUGUGGUCAAUAUAAAUUAAAUCUGAUUAAGAAAAGAAAGUCAAGAGAUUUGGAAUUUGAAGAUAAACAUCAGCUUGAAGAAUUGACGGAUUUUGCCUUGGAUAUAAUUGGUAAAUUGGAAUCUUUGGACAAAGAGCAGUUAAAACAGAUUGUAAAAAUGGCAAUAUCCAAAG